AUGGCCAAUUUUUACGAGCCUCGAAAUUUCACCUCACGAUGUGAUGAUCCAAUGGAUUCAACUGAUAUAGGCACUGUAUUCUGUCGAUCAAUUUGCCUAACAAUAGUACAAGAUUUUAUUUCAUUCGGCCGAAAAACAGGCAAAAAGUUGACCAUUCGAGGCUGUUCAACUUCAAUAAACCGAUAUGGAUUUUUUAACAGAACACUUGCACUGUUCGACCGAUACGAUAUUUGCAAAGACGUAGCGGUAACAGAACUGUUGCGUUAUGAUGGCUCAUCUCAAAUGGUACGUGUUUGCUCGUGUCUUGGCGAUCGCUGUAAUGCCAGUCGUAGUCACGCAGAUUCGCCACCAUUUUCAAUUACCCUGUAUUUUGCUGUUGUAUUUUUGUUGCAUAAGUUAUUAUUGUGA